AACUCGGCUGAGCACUGCUGAGCAGUUGAUCACACGGCCACGAUGUUGUCGACGGCUUCUUAGGUUUGGACUGUGAGUUCGUCACACUUCCCGACUCCUUCCUGGCCACUCAACUGCGGCACGUUUCACAUACCAAUGACCCUGAGAGAGGGUCCUGGCUUCGUCCUUUCACGUGGACACGAACGACCUUGAAAGGCUAGCGAAACCUCUCAGUAUAUAAACGACCACUGUCCCUGCAUCGUCCGCCCAGCAACGAGCCUGAGCUUGGCAGCAUGUUUUCCACCCUCGCCGAGAAACUCCAAAUCAAUCCUCAUGAAUUGCACGACUCCUCCGACUCGAUCCGUGCGAGCCCCGUCUUCGCCAUGGAGAGCUUUCAGCGCAGCCUCCUAACACCGUCUGGGAAUCAGUUCAUCAUGAUCACCGUGCAUCUACGCACGAACCAGCCUGGACAGCCGUUGUGGACAUAUGUGCGCAUCGACUUCAGUGACCAGCCCUUUCCGCACGGACGCCAGCUCGCAGAGCUGUCUGACGAUCACGAGGCCCUACGUGAGGACUCUCGCGGGCUUGGCCGCCUUGAAGGCUCAGACCAGCCCGUUGAGAAUGGGCCUUCCUUGGACGAUAUCGCGUCUUUGCUAGAGGUCGUACAUCGACGCACUCUCGGAGGAUACAACACCUUCGGUCGCAACUCCCUUUGGCUCGCGGAGAAUAUCCUCCUGCCGACCGCCCGGAAGUACCCGCAGCACUGGGUUGCGGGUCGCAGUUGGCCAGAGGCAUUGAAGAGAUAUGCCCAAUACAACAGCGAUGCCGCUGGCUGCAUCGCCGCGAUGCUCUAUCCCGAGCCUGUCAGCCAGACACUCAUGGGCGCCGGGAUAUGGGCUCUGCGAAGUGCCGCUGUCUUCUUCACGCAGUCGAAUCGCAAUCGCAUCAUUUCGCACGACGAAGACGUGCAGAUAAUCCUCCUGCAGUGGAACCCUUGUGUAAAGGCAGGAUUCAUCUAGUAUCCUCACUCGGGGUGAAUACCUGCACAGUACCGAUCAUUCUUAGGAGCGACCGUGACUGUCUCUGUCAUGUCGCCCGCAUGUGAGUUGUGAAGACACCUCUGGGCCGAGAUGUACUUGGCGAUAGUCGAGAGACCCCGGAUCCCC